GGCACUUCCGGCUUCUCUGCCGCCUGGUGGAUGAGUGACGCCGGGGAGCGGCCACGUGACUCCCCGGGGCUGGGGCCUGAGUUCGGCCCCUCGGCCCUGGGGACCAAAGAGCAUUGGAAUGCUGCAUAUGAAAGUGAAUUACAGAUUUUUCAGGAGAGCGGAGAUGCUGGGGAAAUUUGGUUUGGAGAAGAAAGCAUGAUUCGUUUAAUCAGAUGGAUGGAAAAACAAAAGAUCCCUCUGGACAGCUCUGUGCUUGACAUUGGAACUGGAAAUGGUGUUUUACUUGUUGAAUUGGCAAAAUGUGGUUACACUAAUCUCACUGGAAUUGAUUACUCUCCUUCUGCAAUACAACUUUCUCAAAACAUAAUGGAGAAAGAAGGGCUGUCUAAUAUUAAAUUGCAGGUAAAAGACUUCUUGAUUCCAUCAACUGAGUUAUCAGGAUUUCAGAUUUGUAUUGACAAGGGAACCUUUGAUGCCAUAAGCCUUAAUCCUGACAAUGCAGCUGAGAAGAGGAAGCAGUAUGUGAAAUCCCUCUGCACAGUAUUGAAAAUGGAAGGCUUUUUCCUCAUAACCUCUUGUAAUUGGACCAAAGAGGAGCUGCUAAAUGAGUUCAGGGAAGGAUUUGAAAUUCUGGAGGAGUUGCCAACACCCAAAUUCUGCUUUGGAGGGAGAAUUGGAAACAGUGUAACAGCCUUGGUUUUCCAAAGAAAAAAAUAAGGCCAUCCAUCUUGGACAAAUUAGAUUAGCUGAGAAAAGAAAAGUCUUCACUUCAAAGUAAAUCUGAUGCAAAGGAGAGAGAGAGAGGGGAAAAAACCCAGCAUCUGUGUAAAUAACUGCUCACUGAGUGCACAAUAAAACAGUGCAUGUGCUGAACUGCAAUGGGCCUCCAUAAAAUUUCAGGGCAAGUUAUAUACAGCUGAAAUGUUUCUAGGGUAAAUUCUGCCUUUGUGCUGUUUCUCUUUGUUAUAGCUUCAUUUAUUUCAAUAAAAUUGUGUGGGUGUAAGUGUGGGAAAAUGUGGCACUCUGAUUUUUCAGAGACCAACUGAAACUAUUCACAUUCCUUUUCAUUUGAAGUGUAAAUAUUUUUUUUCUAUUUAAUUUUUAUUUUGGUUUCUAGUGAACAGUUUAAAAUAAAUGUAAGCAGUAAUUGAAUCAUACAAAGCAAGAAGUCUUAUUUCUGUGUUGUUUGGCUUAAUAACGAACGUGCUUUUGAGAUCUAAACACUGAGCAAUGUUUUAUUUUAUUUUUGUAAAGGAAACAUGCAUAUUACAGUGUAAUCCAAAAUCAACCUUUAGUUAAAUAAGGAGGAAAAUGAGUGUAAAGAUUGUAGCACUCACAAGACAUUAUAAUGUAGUGCCUUAGGGUGGGAUUUUCAUAAGUGCUCAGAAUUCACCUACUUCUACUUCCACCAAAGUCCAUUGACUUCAGUGGGAGGAGAGUUAGGCUAACACUGAGUGCUUUUAAAAAUCCCUCCCUGAAUCUCUAGUAUAUGCUCGCUAAUACUGAUCAGUACCAUCGAUCCAAUUAAAUACUUGAAAAUG